ACCACUCACUAAACUGCUGGCCCUAGCAUCGUUCCAUUCUCUCUCUUUCUCUCUCUCUCCAAUUUUUCCAUUUUCUCCAAAAGCUCAACGAAAUUUCAAGAAAAGCAAAGAAGAAAGCCAAACGAGGAAUCCACAGAUCGCAAACUCUAGAACAGACUGCAACGAAGGGUUUGGGAAUUCUUAAUGACGCUAUAGGCUCUGCUCCUCUACACCUGGUUUUUGUGGAGUUGGAACCUGUACCAGCUUCAGUUGCUGUUGUAAAAACCUGGUGCCUUUUAAUUUUCAAGAGGGAAUUUCAAAGAAGAGUGCUCUGAUUGGUUCAAACACUAUCUAAUUAACGAAUAAAAACAUUUUUCCACCAUGGUUGCCACUGCUGCUUCAUCAGCAUUCUUUCCAGUUACUCCUUCUUCCCCAGAUACCAGUGUGAAGAACAUGAAGAUAGGAGGUGGAUCUGUUAAUCUUGGAGGUAACAAGUCAAAAUCUCAUAGUUUGAAAGUCAAGGCAAAUGCCCAAGCCCCUCCUAAGAUUAAUGGCACUCGUGUGGAAGGCUUGAAGACUGAAGAUGAUGCACCAUCUCCACCUCCUAGAACAUUUAUCAAUCAAUUGCCUGAUUGGAGCAUGCUUCUUGCUGCUAUCACCACAAUCUUCCUGGCAGCAGAGAAGCAAUGGAUGAUGCUUGAUUGGAAGCCAAGGCGAGCGGAUAUGCUCAUUGAUCCAUUUGGCAUAGGGAGAAUUGUUCAGGAUGGUCUUGUGUUCAGGCAAAACUUCUCAAUUAGGUCAUAUGAGAUAGGUGCUGAUCGUACAGCAUCUAUAGAAACAUUAAUGAAUCAUUUACAGGAAACAGCCCUUAAUCAUGUAAAAACUGCUGGGCUACUUGUUGAUGGCUUUGGUUCAACCCCUGAGAUGUGCAAAAGGAAUUUGAUAUGGGUUGUUGCUCGAAUGCAAGUUGUUGUAGAUCGGUAUCCUACCUGGGGUGAUGUUGUCCAGGUGGACACAUGGGUUGGUGCAUCUGGAAAGAAUGGUAUGCGUCGUGAUUGGCUUCUUCGUGAUUGUAAUACUGGUGAAGUUUUAACAAGGGCUUCUAGUGUGUGGGUGGUGAUGAACAAACUUACAAGAAGAUUAUCAAAAAUACCAGAAGAGGUUCGAAGGGAAAUAGAGCCUUAUUUUAUGAACUCUGAUCCUGUCUUUGAUGAAGACAGCAGGAAACUAGUGAAACUUGAGGACAAUACAGCAGAUUAUGUUCAUAAAGGUUUAACUCCUAGAUGGAGUGAUUUAGAUGUCAACCAGCAUGUCAACAAUGUGAAGUACAUUGGUUGGAUCCUUGAGAGUGCUCCACUGCCAAUCUUGGAGAGUCGUGAGCUUUCUGCCAUGACACUGGAGUAUAGGAGAGAGUGUGGGAGGGACAGUGUUCUGCAAUCCCUAACUGCUGUCACAGACAAAGACGUAGAUAAUCUGGGAAAGUUUGGUAAUAUUGAAUGCCAGCACUUGCUUCGACUUGAGGAUGGAGCAGAGAUUGUAAGAGGGAGAACUGCAUGGAGGCCCAAGUAUGCCAAAAAUUUCGGUAACGUUGAUCAGAUUCCUACAGAGUGUGCAUAGCAUCAGACUUGUUGUUUUGGCAGGAAAGGCAGUAGUCUCAUCACUUAGUGCCACAAUGCUUCUGUAGAAUCCUUCUUGUGUUCUUGAAUUUAUAUAUGUUUCUUCUUUUUAUAUAUUGCUUCUGAUUCCCGAGAAAGAAAAAGCUUCAUCUGUAAUUAGCUUCUCUUUGUACGACCCUUUCUCUUCCUCGCAAUUGUCUCUCCCUCUCCCCUCUAAUAGAGCAAUUCUGCUUUUGGUAGUGAUUGCUAUAUGGAUGAACUGUUGUAUGGGAGAAAAGGUCUUUGCCAGACCCGGGCUGUCCUCACCCAGUUACCCUGGCAAAUUCUAGGAUAAUUUAUCUUUAAUUGGAGCAGCUACUUUGUACAUUUUGGGUGUCAUAUCUCACUUUUUUAU